AACGAUCUUCUGAUGUCUGGUUGAAUUAAUGGAAUUGACGUUGUAAAGAACGCCACAGUUCAGAAACUCUAUUGUAAUAAACUUGUUUAAAGGGAGAUCGUGAUAUUGUGCACCCAGUCUUGUUUCGUCACUGACAUCUCAUGUUCUUCAUACUGCAGUAAACACGCAACAGAAAAGGUAUUCCUGCUUGACGGUAACCAUCAGUAAAAAUUUCUUCCAUCUAACUAUCGGGUUGCCGUGUUGCCCUUUCCGUGGCUGUUUGGAAUAUAAUCCACCAUGCCUGCGCCACCGAAAAAGCGCCCGAGUGCGACCACCAAGAAUCCACCGAUGCUCAGCCAGGAGUUCUUCAUCCAGAACCACGCUGACAUCUUCUCCUGCGCCACGAUUGUCAUCAUUAUCGGCAUGAUGGCGCAGGUUACCAACCGUUUCGCAGCGCCUUUCGUGGCCCUGACGAACAACGUUACCACUGCCGAGGAAUUGCAGUUGGAUCCCAGCCGGCCGAUCGAGUACGUGUCGGGCUGGAAGGACGCCUGCACGGUGGUUUUCUAUGUCAUGGUCUGCAUUAUCAUCCACCAGGUUAUUCAGGAAUACCUCGUUGACAAACUGACUCGCCGGAUGCAUUUAUCGAAACUUCGGACAAGUCGGUUCAGUGAAAGCGCCCAACUGAUCGGUUUCUAUCUCGUCGCCUUCGUUUGGUCCGUCGACUUGGCCAUCAGCAAGGGCUACAUUACCAAGUAUAGCACCAUCUGGGACAACUAUCCCCAUGCUCGCAUGGACUUUGCGGAGAAGUUCUUUAUGAUCCUGCAGAUCGCGCACUGGCUGCACACUUAUGCUGAGCUGUACUUCCAAAAAGUUAAAAAGGAAGACAUUCCGAACCGGUUGGUCUAUCAGACAAUUAAUUUGGUCGCUGUGAUUCUGGCCUACGUUACGAACUUUCAUCGAUUGUUUACCGUCCUGAUGGUGGCCGAAUCGGCUGUGCAGUUAGUUUUCCACUCCGCCAAACUGUUGCAUUAUGCCGACAAAAACCGCAUCGCUAAUCCGCUAUUCCUGGCAUACAACGUAAUGUUCGUGCUGGCGCGAGUCCUUACGGUUGUCCUGGGCGGCUACGUGAUGCUGUACGCGCUGAAGCCAUCGCAGGUGUCCACCGUUGAUUUACAGCAAGGCAACUUCAACACUCCUUUUGUCAAGGUGGUUCUGUUUGCCCUGGUGGUGAUUGUCAACUUCUGGAUGCUGGUGCGCUUCGUGCAGUUCCACUUCCGGCGCACUCGCGAACGGAAGGAGGCCGCGGCCCAGCGACGCCGUCUGGCCCAGGAGCGGCGCAGCAAGGGCGGUCCGGCUAGCCGCAGCGCCUCCUCCAGCGACGACGAGACCCAGAACCAGUCGCAGCCGGAAAGCUCGCCGGCCUCGGCCAACCUGCGCAGUCGCGUCAAGGCCAAGAAGGCCGAGCUGUAGGCGAAUCAGACUGUCUCAUGUUCCCAUUCCAGCUGCAAAAUCUCCUUUCGCCGCUGCAUCGCUACCUCUGCGCCGCUCCACGCCGUAUCAUUCCGCUGUUCAGAGAGCAGCCUGGCCUCUUUGGACGCAUAUGCCAUUCUGCACUGCGCGCUGAAUUUUAUUUGCGCUAGACUUCUUCCCAUUCAUAGCGUGUUUCUUCCCAUGGUCAAUGGUGUUUUUGUGUAUUUCGGCAGAGAUGCGUAAUUUUAUAUUUUUUUUCAUCGCGUUUUACUCAGUCUUAAAAUUUCGUUUGAAUCGUAGAGUUUUGUGCACAUGUAUUAUCGUUAUCCAUCCCGAUGGUGUGGACUGGUAUUGGCCGCCCGUCAGUCGCCGCUGCCGUCAGUUUGUACGUUUUAGCCUCUCCUGUUUGUUUUGACAUAUUUGAGGACACAGCCCGGAAGUCGAAGUAGAUUCUGGCGCUUG